AUGAAUUCCGACGACAUUCCCAAGACAGACCACGACGGCUUCCGUCCGGCUCUCCAGCAUCCUCCCGAGUUUACUUUCCAGGACGAGGAUCCCAGCAACCGGCCGCCAUAUGCUAGGCCACCACUCGAAGAGUUUGGUGAGGUCAAGUGGCAGGCGCAGUGUCAAUGUGGCGAGGUGAAAUACAAGUUGCGUCGCGAGAAACCAUUGAACGCCAAGUUUUGCCAUUGUCGAGGAUGUCAAGUGAUGCAUGGUGCUCCUUUCCAGUGGGCGGCUAUCUUCCCCAAGGACGACAUUCGAUUCGACAAUGGGACCACGGGGUUAUCAUUCUACGCCGCCCAGGAGAGAAACACGAAAUAUCAGACACCGACCAAGGUUUCAUGCGCCACAUGUCGAACCCCGAUUAUGGACGAAGGCCGAAACAUGUGUUUGCUUUUCCCUCAGUUGAUCGACUUUUCUCAUUCUGCAGACGAGCAGAGAGAACGCAUCGCAACGUUCCUGCCAUCGUGUCAUAUCUUCUACGAGAAACGUCUGAGAGACAUUCAUGAUGGAAUUAAGAAGUGGAAAGGAAUGGAUGAGCAAAGCGAGAUCUUGGACGAUUAUGGCAAUCCACUCAAGGAAUGA